GCUUGUGCUGGAAGCACUUGAGCAGGGAUGGCAACAAAACCCGAACCCACGGGUACUCACCCGACCCAACCCGGUCAACGCGGGUAAAAUCCGUGUUGACGAGUUUUGGGCCGGGUUUGGCUUUAAACCCGUUCACUAUUACUGGGUUGGGGUUGGGUUAGCUAAACUCGGCCCAUGGGUACUGUCACGACCCAAAAUGUCGUGACUGUGUUGAUCGUCUGAAGAACGUUGCCAUCUGGUUGUCUUGCCAUGAGAAGGGUAAAGGGGGCGACAUUAGCGAUAAGGCUUUGUCUGCCUGUGCAUCGCAUCUGGCCGAGUCAAGAUGUGGCUAUGAAAGGGAUCGUUGCAAGAGAAGGCACAACUGGUCGGAGGCUAUUGCCGUCUCCCUGAUGAGCCCAAGGCAGGGCGAAACCAGUUGGCAUGCGUAUGCAGAGAGGCUGGUCUUGAGGAAUGAGUGCACCUCAAGACGCCACACAGACUUCGGAAGUCUAUGUCCGUGACAAGUGGUAUCAGAGUCUGGUUAGGCUGAAGAGUCUAGUUCCUCUCUCAGUACGACAUAGGUCGUGAAUGGGCCAACCUUAUGCCCGAAUGAGAGGCGGUCCUAGGUGAGCAUAUCAGGCGGUCCGGACGCAGAUACACAUGUGUUGUGCCGUUGUGGGGGACCUCGACAGGCUGAAGAUGCAGCGGCCGAGAAUGCCGUUCAACCGAGGAACUAACGCUAGCGAGAGCGUAGGGUGAAGGUCGAUUGAGGUACAAACGCUGGGAGUAGCGUAGGGUGAAGGUCGACUGAGGUACUAGCGCAGCAGAAGCAAAGAGUGAAGGUUGAUGUCGAGGGGCGAAGCGGUAUGUGCGCAGGGCACAACAGGCUAGCGCGAGAACGCGACCGGAGCCUGUCCAUCAGAGGAUGGUGUCGAUGCGGAUGCCCACAAUCGGUUCGAGAGUUGCAAUACAUGCUGGGGAGAGAAGCAUUCUUCACCAGCACGAGGACGUGCUGCAUUAUGAGUGGUGGAGAAUGUCACGACCCGAAAUGUCGUGAUCGUGUUGAUCGUCUGAAGAACGCUGUCAUCUGGUUGUCUUGCCAUGAGAAGGGUAAAGGGGGAGACAUUAGUGAUAAGGCGUUGUCUGCUUGUGCAUCGCAUCUGGCCAAGUCAGGAUGUGGCUAUGAAAGGGAUCGUUGCAAGAGAAGGCACCACUGGUCGGAGGCUAUUGCCGUCUCCCUGAUGAGCCCAAGGAAGGGCGAAACCAGUUGGCAUGCGUAUGCAGAGAGGCUGGUCUUGAGGAAUGAGUGCACCUCAAGACGCCGCACGGACUUCGGAAGUCUAUGUCUGUGACAGUACCCGCCCACACCCAUAUAAUUAAUUUUCUCGACAUAUUUAAUAUUCUAAACAACUAAUCUUAUUUAUGUUUGUGGAUAAAUGUCUAAUUUUUUCUUUCUAGUUGUGUAGAAUGAAGUUGAUGUUAUCGA